AUGGGCAAUCCACCACCGAAAGAAGACGAAUGGGCGUUCGGUCCAAUCGGUUCGCCGUUCCCGGAUAAUCCGGUUCGAGCGCUUGGCCAACAGAAUAUGUACGUGGCCUUGUGGUAUAAAUAUGGCGUGCCGAUGCACGGUCGUGCAUGGAACAACGGUGGCGUUCUGGAGUGCUCGUUCCCUUACAAGACAGCCGAGUUGUUUGGUGUCAAAGAUCUUGGCGGUCAGAUUCAGGUGCUCCAGUAUAAGGGCGACCAUAACACGCUUGGAUUUUGGUACGAAUGGAUUAAAUACAAGGAUCGAUUUGAAAAAACUGAAAUUCGACAAAUAGUGCACUGCGGCGAUUCAUGGCCCAUUCUGUGGAAGGAUCGCCCGGAGGGGGCACUACUCGGCUACAUGGACAACAAAACGGAGCUGGCACACUUCUCACAUGAUGGGAAAGCGGAAACGAAAGAGGGACCAGAACUUGGUGAUAUGUGGAUUAUCGUGCGCAAUACACAAGGUGGCCCACCAACGUGUGCUUGCAAGAAAUGUUACAAAGAACCGCCACCGCAACCACCACCAGGGCCACCACCACCACGCGUGAUGCUCGACGAAUGGAUUGAUAUACGUGCUGGUGAUCCAUGGCCAGCUGACAAGAAGCUUGUGAAAGCACUGGACAAGAAUCUGGACACAAUUGCUGGCGAAAAUCCGGAGCAGUAUGUGGCAUUGUGGUACCAGUCAGGCGAACCUGUGAUGGGCCGUGUUUGGAACAACAACGGCAAAGUUUGUAGCAUUUCAUCACAACUAAAUUUCUCGUACCUUAUUGAGAAUUAG